GCCGACCGGAAGGUGGAGAGGAAUUUCACUUCGAGUAAUUAGUCCUCUCGGCGUAGACUAUCUGUGUAGUUUAACAGGUUGCUGCUCUCUGUUGUCCUCCAGAACUUUGCCCUGGUAAUUCAUCUCGGGAGGUCCGUGUAUAUCUUCUUAUUGUCCUUCAGCCGGCAGCAUCCCCGAGGAGCUGGAAGACGGAGAAAGACAAGUGCAGACAGACGAUUGAAGUUGGAGCGGUUAAAGGAAUGAAGAUAAACUGGUCAGAACAAUGACGGAGAAGAUGAAGCGGGAGAGAUAAACAACAUCAGAGAGACACAAACUCAAAACGAUCUGCCCUCCUGCCUCUGUUAUGGAGCAAGAAGAAGCUGCCGCUCGGGAGGAUGCAGAAUCACAGCUGAUGUACAGGAUAGAGCGCCCGGUCUAUGAUGAAGCUGCUAUCCGGUCACAGCUGCUCAACCGCAGAGAAAACUGCACCACCCUCCGACAGAGGCUGGCCCACCAGUUCCGGUGUUCAUCAAAGAAAGCCAAGGCGGCAGUUUUUAGCUUUCUGCCUAUUCUCACAUGGCUGCCAUCCUAUCCAGUCAAGCAGUACCUGUUUUCAGAUGUGGUCUCUGGUCUCAGCACAGGAGUUGUGCAGCUCCCUCAAGGUCUAGCCUAUGCUAUGCUGGCUGCUGUGCCUCCAGUUUAUGGUCUGUACUCCUCAUUCUACCCCGUCCUGCUGUAUACCUUCUUUGGCACGUCCAGACACAUAUCCAUAGGCACCUUUGCAGUGAUAAGUCUGAUGAUCGGGGGUGUCGCAGUGAGGGAGGCCCCAGACUCCAUGUUUUACACCAUGCCUGCCAACGGAUCCAACUUGUCUGCCGUCCUGGACGUGGAGGCUCGUGAUGCCAGGAGGGUGCAGGUGGCCGUCGUGCUCACAACCCUGGUGGGAAUCAUCCAGUUUGUCCUGGGCCUUCUCAGGUUUGGCUUUGUGGCAAUCUACCUCACAGAGCCCCUGGUGCGAGGAUUCACUACAGCAGCAGCAGUGCACGUCGUCGUCUCUCAGCUAAAGUACCUGCUGGGGGUAAAAACGCAGCGCUUCAGUGGGCCCCUCUCUGCUAUUUAUAGCGUCAAGGCGGUGUUCAGUGACAUCACAAGCACCAAUGUCACCACUCUCAUCCUGGGCCUUGUGUGCAUCGUCUUCCUGUAUGGUGUCAAAGACCUCAACGAGCGCUUCAAGAAGAAGCUGCCCAUUCCCAUUCCUGGAGAGAUCAUCGUGGUCAUCGUGUCAACCGGCGUCUCGUAUGGACUGUCCCUAUCAGAUCAGUACAAAGUGGACGUGGUUGGGAAGAUACCGACCGGGCUUCUCCCUCCUGCCGCCCCAGAGUUCUCUCUGUUACCCAGUUUGAUUACAGACUCCUUUGCUGUUGCAAUUGUAGGAUUCUCAAUGGGCAUCUCACUUGCCAAGACCUUUGCUCUGAAGCACAACUACAAAGUGGAUGGAAACCAGGAGCUGAUUGCCCUCGGCCUGUGUAACUUCAUCAGCUCUUUCUUCCAAACCUUCGCCAUCACUUGCUCCAUGUCAAGGAGCCUGGUGCAGGAGAGCACUGGUGGAAAAACACAGAUCGCGGGGCUGCUGGCGUCGCUCGUGGUGCUGUUGGUGGUGGUGGCCAUUGGUUUUGUUUUCCAGCCGCUCCCUCAGACUGCGCUGGCUGCCAUCAUCAUGGUGAACCUGUUGGGGAUGUUCAAACAGAUCAGAGACAUUCCUGCUCUGUGGAGGACCAGCAAGAUCGAACUGGCCAUCUGGCUGGUGGCUUUCGUAGCGUCUGUGCUGUUGGGACUGGAUUAUGGCCUCCUAGUGGCUCUCGCAUUCGCCAUACUAACGGUCAUCUACAGAACACAGAGCCCUAAAAGUGGCAUACUGGGCCAUGUUCCCGGCACAGGGCUGUACUGUGAUGUGGAUGAGUAUGAAGAGGCAGCUGAAAAUGAGGGGAUUAAGAUUUUCUACUUCAACUUUUCAAUCUACUUCGCCAACUGUGACCUUUAUGUGAACGCCCUCAAGGAGAAGACGGGAGUAAACCCUGAGGACUUGCAAGCUGCCCGGAAAGCCCAAAGAAAGCAGAAGGAAAAGGCAAACGGCAACCACAGCCCUUCACUGAAGACGUGUGGCGCGGAUAAGGAGCGGGGAGUGACUCAUGAGGUUUUGUCCUAUAACCAUGUGGUGGAGGAGCAGAGGAACGGUCAGCUGGAGGACGGACACAACAUGCCACUCGAGUCAGAGGACGCCGCCUUCCUUCAACCUCUCAGCGCCAUUCACUCCAUCAUUCUGGACUGGACGCCUGCCAGCUUCAUCGACUCUGUGGGAACCAAAGCCAUCAAACAGGUUGUUAAGGAAUAUGCAGCUGUGGACGUUCGAGUGGUGAUCGCCGGCUGCAGCAGAAGCCUUCUGUCUGAGCUGGACUCCAUACAGUUUUUCACUGGGGUCAUGACUCCAGAAAUGGUGUUCCCCACCGUCCACGAUGCUGCACUCCACUGUCGAGGCUCAAAUCACUGACAACCCACAGCAGAUUUGAGAUUCUGCACCCAACUGAAGAUGUGAUGGACUGAUGCUGCAGCAGCAGUCAGGAUGAACUGUUCAUACGGUGUUUUUUCCUCUCAUGAAGCACCCAAGAGUGUGACAACCUUUGUAACUUAAGGUGCAUAAAGCAGUAAAAUACAGUUUCUAGGUGACAUGGCUACAGCCUUAUUCCUCUUUCUCUGGGGUCGUUUAGAGUUGCACUUUAAAGUCUUUGUUUAACGCUCUGCUGGGAGAAGUCAAUUGUUAAGCAAGCUGCUGUUUUGGGGUUUUCCACAUUGUGGUGGAAACUUGUGUAAAGCUGACUUUUCAUCAUGCUGGUAUCAAAUGUAAAGACUGUGUUCUGAUGGAUUUUAGUAUUUCUGUGUAAUUGUUUUCAAACCAGCAAAAGCACUGUCGUUAGGUAAUAUGUAUGUUGCAGGAUGUAUGUGUUGAGAUGUUACAGAUGCCUUUAAUGUUACGAUCACAUGGUUAUUUAACAAAUCACUUAAGACUCAAAUCUGGAAUAAACUUUAUUUUGAAUUGAACAAGAAUGACAACAAAAGGACAAUAUUUUUUUGACUCCGUUCUCCACUUCUUCUGACAGUAAAAAGCCAAAGUGGAACUUCUCUCUCACACACUUAGUUGUA